AUGAAACCCGUGCAAACAACCUGACCGUGUCUACAUGAACGGAUCUGGAAACAAUGAAGCGUUUCAUCCAGGAGACACAUUUCAACGUUUUUUCCCCUCAAAUGCAUAAGUGGAAAAAGAGGAGCGAGUUGAGAGAGAAAUCAGAGCUCAGCUGUGUUCUGCACUCAGCCUGCGACUGAUUAGUGCUGCUUUUGUCUGCUAUUUUCUUUUCUUUUCCUUUCCUGCAGUAAUCAUUGCAUGACUUUAAUGCAGACUAUCAGCUUCUUUCUUUCAUGCAUUUGAUUCUUUAUUUGACAAUAAUGAAAUGCUCUGGUUUUAGUUUGAUUGCAUAAAGACAGAAUGGGAGCAAUGGCUUGCAUCACUAAAACGCGAGCUGACUGGCCAUAAAAACGCGGAUGAAGGUGAGCAAGAAAGAGAGAAGAAUAUAAAGAUUAUAAAAUGUAUUCCCCUGUAAAUUGAAGCUUGGAAUAAUUAUGCAAAAGAUUGGAUAUUUUAAUUGGACCCGGUGUCACAGCUUUUAUUACUAUGUGUCUCUGAGUCCUUUCGUGAAUGGAGAUUUCAAAUAAACACAUCUGGCUUUUCUAAUCCGAUCUGUUGACAAACACACGGCCAGAUGUGCAAGCAAACAUCUGCAAUGUAAUCCAAGGAAUCACCUGCGCUUCCCACAUGAUGCUGAAGGUCGAAGGAAUGAAGCUGUUCUUAAUGAAGUGGUUAUUAUUCCAGCGCUGGACAUGGCUUUGUUUGGCUGCUUGUGGUGGAAAGGUGGAGCUGCACACAGAGAGAAGAGGUGUGAUAUACAGUCCAUCCUGGCCUCUAAACUAUCCCGCCGGAGUCAAUUGCUCCUGGAACAUCCAGGGGAACCGUGGCGAGGUCAUCACUAUAAGCUUCCACAGUUUUGAUGUGGAGGAGUCGGGGGGAUGCCGAGGAGACUGGCUGCUGCUUGGCCCUACGUGGAAAGAGGAGUAUCGUGUAUGUGGCUCGGCCCUGCCCCCUCCGUUCAUCUCCUCCAGAGGUGCAGUGUGGCUCCACUUUCACUCGCAGACCAACAGCUCUGGACAGGCACAAGGCUUCCGACUUUCCUACAUACGCAGUCGUCUGGGAGAGAGCAGCUGUGAGAGUGAUGAGUAUCUGUGUGGUAAUGGGAAAUGUGUGCCACGUUCCUGGCGCUGUAACAGUCUGGACGAAUGUGGAGACAACACAGAUGAGAGAAACUGCAUUGGCCCACCCACACCUGCACGGACCAGCCUGUGCACCCUGGGUACGGUAGAGUGCAGCCUCGCCCAGUCGACCCGUUGCCUGCCCUCAGCAUUGCGCUGUAACGGUGUACAUGACUGCCCUGAUGGCUCUGACGAAGCUCAGUGUCCUGACAUGGUGUGUGGAAAACGGCUAGCCAACUUCUAUGGCAUGUUUGCCUCACCUGAUUUCUUCAGGGCAAACCGCAGCACUGGCACAGACCUCUACUGCACCUGGUUCCUGGACACACAGGACCCGAAGCCUCUGCUGCUGCGGUUGGACCUGCAGUUGGGAGCAGGAGACUCUGUGCGUGUGUAUGACGGUCUCGGGGAACGAGCCGAGCGUCUGCUACAGAGUCUCACACACCACAACAACCAACGUUCAGCUGUGUUGGAGUCCUCGCAGGGGCAGAUGAGUGUCCUGUACCAUGCCAAACCACACAGCCAGGGGCAUGGCUUCAACGCCUCAUACCAGGUGAAAGGUUACUGCUUCCCCGGUGAAUUCCCGUGUGGUCCGGACGAGGGCUGUUACUCUCAGCAUCAGCACUGUGAUGGUUACUGGCAUUGCCCGAGUGGCAGAGAUGAGGAAGGGUGUGCUCUGUGUGCUUCAGGUCAGUACCCAUGCCAGGGGGCCGGAGGUGUGUGUUACUCGGCUCACGAGCGCUGCGACAAUCAGAAGCAGUGCCCAGAUGGCUCGGAUGAGAAAAACUGUUUCACCUGCCAGCCGGGAACAUUCCACUGUGCCACUAACCUGUGCAUCCUGGAGACGUGGCGCUGUGAUGGCCAGGAGGACUGCGCUGAUGGCAGUGACGAACACGAGUGCCAGGCUGCAGUGCCACGCAAAGUGAUCACGGCAGCGUUGAUCGGAAGCCUCGCGUGUGGCUUGCUGCUCGUCAUCGCCCUCGGUUGCGCUUUCAAACUCUACUCACUCAGAACGAGGGAGUAUCGAGCUUUUGAAACCCAAAUGACUCAGUUGGAGGCGGAAUUUGUUCAAAGGGAAGCUCCACCCUCAUAUGGUCAGCUGAUUGCACAGGGUCUUAUCCCACCUGUAGAGGAUUUUCCUGCUUAUAAUCCUGCUCAGGCGUCCGUUCUUCACAGUCUCCGAUCGGCCAUGCGGAGACAGAUGAGACGUCAUUCUUCCCGCCGGAUGGCAUCGCGCCGUCGUCUGGGUCGCCUUUGGAGCCGUCUGUUCCAGCGUGGGAGUCGGCUGCGUGGUCAUAUCCUCCUCCUUACCCCACCUGGGCGCGCACACACUCUCUCACAGACACACCCUCUGAUGUCUGGUCACACAAACGUCAGCUCUCGGACUGGGAAUAGCUACCAGUUUGCUGUAGAGGGGCAGAGCGGAGAGUGGGUGGACCUGCAGGCUCACACCGAGGCUUUGUGUUUAGCCGAAAACGGGUCACCAGAGUCAUCGCCCACAUCACCAGCACUGCCACACUCCACCUCCGAAACACUGGAAGAUGAAGAUGAUGGUAACGACGAUGAUGAUCGUAACCAAGCAUCGUAUCUUAGACCCAGAGAUGAGCGCAGGUCACGUGGAGCUCCACGUCGACCCUCACGUCUACCAUUUCAAUCACAAACGUCCAGGAGGGUCGUCCAGGGACUCGUGGCAGAACUGGGAGCUGCACCAGUUACCCACUACUCCAUACUGGGAAUAUCUCCUCUCUCCACGCCUGAGUCUCUGACGUCAUCCAGCAGCCAGAAUGAGGAGGAUAUAACUUCACCGACACGCACCGAUCCCUGCUUUAACACUCAGUCACAGUCUGUCUGCACACAUUCAGCAGUUAGAGAUAAAAGUAUAAUGCACAAUGAGAUACAAAGCAGACACUCUAGCAGUGACGAAGACGAGGACAAUGUUCUGUUUAUGCAUUAAAUCGCCGUCUUCAUCUCCUUUUAAACCUUUUACACCUUUCACAGGAAUCCUGCUUAAACAAAUUUGUGCAGAAAAACGAGAAUUCUAUCAUGGCAUUGUUUUUAUCAGAUACAUAACAAUGUAGAAUCUAUAUUUUGCAAACGGAAAACUGUAGAGACAUGAUGAGUCGAAGGUGUGUGCAGGCGUGUGCUGGGAAAAUGGAACAUACAGUACGAGUGUGGUCAUGAUUUCUGUAGAAUUGUGUGGGAUUGUAUGAAUUGUUUCUGCAGGAACAUGUGGGGCGUGUUUACAAAAUAUGGAAGCUACUGGGUGGGUCACAGUUCCUGAAGGAGCAUGUGGGCAUGGUUAGAAUUGUAGGGGUGUGGGGGGCAUGGUCAAUGUCUCUAUAGGGGCUUUUGGGUGUGGUCAUUGUUGUUGCAGGGACAUGUAGGUGUGGUCCCAGUUUGUACAAGACACGAGUGUGUUUGUUGUUUGUGUAGAAGUAAAUGGGUGCAGUCGUUUUUACAGGUGCAUGUGGGUGUGGUGAUUGAUUCUGCAGGGAUAUCGAGGUGUGUGAUUACAGUUUCUUUAAGAGAAAGUGUGUAUAGAUUUUACAGAUGCAUGAUGGUGGGAUCAAAGUUUCUACAGAAGCAUACGAGGGCAUGAUCAUUGUUUCAGGUGGCCGUGCUUACCAUGUUUUUGAAGAUGCAGAUAAAUUAUCUCCAGGUGCGUCAGUUUACAGACAUGAACCUGAACGUGUGAGGAACAUGAGCAUUAGUAAAAUCUAAUCAAAUUUGCACAUUAGCUUAAAAAUUAUAUUCAAUGCAGUGCUCAUUCUUUUCAAAAGCCAUUAUAUCGGUCACACUUUGAGUUUUAGGAUUGAAAUCUAGAACAUUAUUAAAAGGUGUAUAAAGUGGAUUAACUACGUGUGCCAUUAGUGAUGUUUCAGGAUUGAAUCUUUCUAAAAAUGCUUAGUCAUGGCUAAGAGAGGUGUGUAAGACUCUCUUUAGGGGAGCAGAGAUCUCAGGGAUGUAUGUGCUGGUUUCUGGAAGAAUGUAUCUUUAUAUUUAUAUCAAUAUGUGUUUCUGAUCAGCUUGUGGCUAAAAUGUGAUGAUUUGAGGAUGCAGGUUUUUUUUUUUGUAAGCAGCAGUUAGAAAUAGUACAAAUUCCAUAUAUCAAAGAGGAAAAAAAAAAGAAUCUGUUGCAAAAGGAAUGAAAAUACAGACUUGGACACAACUUGGCACACUGUCUUAAUUUAUUAAAGUAUUCAUUCCAACACACGCUGCUUGAGAGAAAAUGUGUCCCAAAAUGCCUUUGUAUAUUCAGGAGGGUAUUUUAUUAUUAUUUUCACAUUUUGGCUCAAAAUAAACUUAAAAAUCACUGAAAAUCAA